CAAAACAAACUUUGACGUAAAAAGCGAGGCAAACAAAGGACGGCGUAUUAAACCCGGUUCACCAUUUCAAACCGGAGCCAAAAAGCCGCCGCCACCAUCCUCCCUUCUUACAAAUAGCAGGCAGCAACCAGUCCUGCAAUAAACGCCAAACUUUUUUCAAACCGGUCAAUUCUAUGGAUCAAAGCGGUCAGCCCGAUAACCUCCACCCUAUACUAUCGGACCUAGUCCUGUUCGACGGAGCCUCAGUUCCGCUCACGUUCACCGGCGAUGGCAAGCUCCUGUUCAAAGGUCAACGUCAACAGUGCUUGACGGUGGAGAAGGAGGUUAUCGGAUUCGCUUUGGAAGGUUCGAGGAUCCGGCUGAAGACCGUCGUGGAGAAGAGAGACAGAAUCUGCUGUUUCGGGAGCAGCGGAGAUUUGGUUAGACAGAGCUUCGUGUUUGAGCCUCAAUCACAAGAUUCCCUCACACUCUGGUCUCAGAAACUUCGUGAUUACAUUGAUUCUCUAGGACGGCCAAAGAGACUAUUAAUAUUUGUUAACCCAUUUGGAGGGAAGAAAUCCGCCACUAAAAUUUUCUCAGAAGAUGUAAAACCGUACCUUGAAGAUGCUGACAUCCAUAUCACUCUCAUAGAAACUAAGCAUCAACUACAUGCAAAAGAAGUUGCCAAAACCAUGGAUUUAUCAAAAUAUGAUGGUAUUGUGUGUGUUAGUGGAGAUGGAAUUCUUGUUGAGGUGGUGAAUGGACUUCUUGAAAGAGAAGAUUGGAGUGCUGCAAUAAAGAUGCCUAUUGGAUUGAUCCCUGCAGGAACUGGAAAUGGCAUGGUUAAGUCUUUGCUGCAUGCAGCUGGCGAACCGUGCAGUGCUUCUAACGCCAUUCUCACUGUUAUUCGAGGUUAUAAACGCUCGCUUGAUGUAGCUACUAUUUCACAAGGGAAGACAAGAUUUUUUAGUGUCUUGAUGCUUGCAUGGGGUCUGAUAGCAGAUAUAGAUAUUGAAUCUGAAAAAUAUAGGUGGAUGGGGAGUGCCCGUAUUGAUUUCUAUGCUGUUCAACGUGUAUUCUGUUUGAGGCACUACAAUGGACGUAUUAGUUUUGUGCCUGCUCCUGGCUUUGAAGACUAUGGGGAGCCCACGAGUUAUCAUGGUGAAUCUACCAGUGAAGAAAGCCAAACUCAAGAGUUGUCUUUGAAAACUGAACAGCACGGCUACCUUGGGUCUGGUGUUAAGUUGGAGAACAUGCGUUGGAGGACUAUUAGUGGACCAUUUGUUUCAAUCUGGCUCCAUAAUGUUCCGUGGGGUGGCGAAGAUAUCAUGGCCGCACCCGAUGCGAAGUUUUCGGAUGGAUAUUUGGACUUGAUUAUGCUUAAGGAUGUGCCAAAAUUAGCCUUGCUGUCAUUAAUGUCAAAUAUGAACGAUGGGAAUUACAUCAAAUCGCCACACAUUACUUACAUUAAGGUGAAGGCAUUCUUGUUGGAGCCUGGUGCUCGAGUCGAUGAUCCAACGAAGGAAGGGAUCAUAGACUCAGACGGUGAAGUCAUCGCGAGGGGAAAUGGAACAUACAUGGGUGAUCAAAAAACUCUUAUGACCUACAAUAAGUUACAAAUAACUGUGGAUCAAGGUUUGGCUACUCUAUUUGCACCCAAAUAGGACCUUGCUUUGAUCUUCAAAGUUUCAGAUGAUGAGGGUUCAGUCAUUUUCGACAUACGAGUCCGAACCGAUCUGAGUGAAUCGACUGAAUGCCUCUUUGUUUCAUACUUGGUUUUGGUUUGAACAGUGGAAAUAUCACUCCAGCAUUCAAUAUUUUAACUAAUAAUCACACUUUUAUAGUUGAAUCAUCAUUUCAACCUUACCUGUCCAUACCUUUGUUGUUAUUACUGAAACUCAAACUUGAGAUUAAAGAAAGUUUAAUUGAAGUGUUUACUAUGAA